AUGUUUGAAGUUGAAGAAAAGAUGGCAAUGCAGGCUCAGUUAGAUUCCAUCCAGCACAUGCUUAAACAGAUAGUUCCUCUUGUAGCCUGUUGUGCAGUUUGUGGUGGCAACCAUGCUUCUCAGACAUGUUAUCUGUUAGAUUUCGGUAGCCAAGUUCCUCAGCCUAAUGUGGAGCAAGUUGAUCUCAUUGGUUAUUCUAGACCACAGGGCCAUGGGCAAGGUUAUGGGAACUAUCAACAGCAAGGAAGAAAUCAGUUUGUUCUCUCUUGGAACAAUCAGGGCAAUCAAAUGAGCAGGUUACAAGCAACCAUAGAUUUUCAGCAGGCACAGAUAGAACGUCUCACGGCUCAGCAGCAAGGAGGUGGAAAUCAGUUGCCUAAUCAAGCCUCAUCUUCGAAUGGUAGGCUGCCAGUUGAGGAUGUUCCUGAUGAGAGUGAGGAGGAGCCUGUGGUGCAGAGAGAUUGUGUUAAGGGGAAAGCCCCUAUGCAAGAUCAGAGUACUCAUAGCAAGAAGCCUGAGAAGAAAGAUAAGAAGAAUGGUGACUCAGUUGUUCCUUGCAAUUUUCUGCCAUUUCCACAGAGAUUGUGGAGAUCCAAGGAGACUGAGAUAGAAAAUAAGUUCAAGAUGAUGCUGGAUAAGCUAGAGAUCUCUAUGCCUUUUGUGGAUGCAGUGACUCAGAUUCCUUCAUACAAGAAAUUCUUGAAGGAUAUUAUGAGUAACAAGAAGCUAGAAAAGAGUGUUGUAGUGGAUCUCAGUGAGGGAGCAUUGACUUGUGCAGUUCUUCAACAGAAAUUGCCUCCCAAGCUAAAGGAUCCAGGUAGUUUUACCAUUCCCUGCAUCAUUGGGGGAUUUGUAGUGGGCAGUGCUUUAUGUGUUCUGGGUACCAGUGUUAGCCUUAUGCCAUAUUCUCUUUGUAAGAGGCUUAACCUGGGCAGCCCAAAGCCUACCACCAUGACUCUACAGAUGGCUGACAGAUCCAUUAAGCGCCCAGUAGGAGUACUAGAGGACAUUCCGGUGAUGGUUGAUCAGUAUUUCAUACCGGGAUAUUUUGUGAUUCUGGAUAUGGAAGAGGAUACCAAGGUUCCCAUUGUCCUUGGUAGGCCAUUUCUAGCUACUGCUGGGGCUCUCAUUGAUGUGAAGAGGGGAAAGCUUGUGAUGGAGGUAGUUGGCCACAAAAUUGAGUUUGAUAUUUUUAAGAUGGCCAAGCACCAACCCUCUUACAUCGAUGAGUGUCAUGUGGUUGAAGUAUUGGAGCAGUGCAGUGUAGAGGUGGAGGAAGAGGAGGAUGAGGACUCCUCUGAACCAGUUGCUGAAGAGCAUGAGGAUCCACUAGAAAUAGUGGUUUCUCUUGCUCCAUUUGGAGAGGAGCAGGCCCCGAAGAUAGAAUUGAAACCUUUGCCUUCCAGUUUGAGGUAUCCAUUUCUUGGCUCUAAUUCUACUUAUCAUGUGAUCAUCAGUUCCUCCCUGAAGGAAAAACAAGUUGAGGAAUUGUUGGCUGUGCUCAGAAAGCACAUGAGAGCUAUUGGGUAUACGAUUGGGGAUUUAGUUGGCAUUGAUCCUAAGUAUUGCAUGCACAGAAUUUAUUUAGAGGAUGAUGCCAAGCCCAGUGUGGAGCCCCUUAGGAGGCUAAACCCCAAUCUGAAAGAUGUUGUUAAGAAGGAAAUUUUCAAAUUGCUUGNAAGGGAACAGGGGUGGAAAUCAAGGAACUCAGUGGAGGAAUAA